AUGGCCGGGCCGCGACUGCUGCCGCCGGGGCUCCCGGUGCUGCUGCUGCUGCCGCUGGCGCUGCCGCCGCCGCUCUCUGCGGACAACGCCGCCCCGGCCCGCUGCCGCCCGGACCAGUUCCAGUGCGCGCCCGACGCGCUCUGCUUCCCCCAGGACUGGCGCUGCGACGGCCACCCCGACUGUGAGGACGGCGAGGACGAGCGGGGCUGCGGGACCGCGGCCGGGCCGAGUGCCGGCGGCCCCGCGGUGACCCCGCCGAGCAGCUCCGCGGUGCCGCCCACCGGCAACGCAGAGCCUUCAGCUAUGCCUGAGGUCUCUGUGCCAUCGAGCAGUCAAGAUUACACAUGGAUCUUGAUUGUUGCAGGGCUCUUGAUCAUCCUGGUAGCAGCAGGUUCUGUUGCUGUGUGGGGUCUGUCCAAAACAAAACGCAGAUCUGACACCUUCAGUCUUGACAAAGCAUCCAGGGAACAGCUGAUGGCUGGCAAGUGCCAGAAAGGCUCCUUGCCUUAA